AUGUUAAUUCUCUCACGGAACGCAGUAGCCAUGUAUUUUUAUUCGUCUCCUUACAUACUGGCAGAUGACGUGAUGCGUAAUUUAUUCAGGUUUAAGCGCAAUGCAAAAAAGUAUCAAGGAUUUCAUUUGGAAGAAUGCUUUGUAGUUCAUAUACUAAAACGUGAACUAACUGAAAACUUCAUUUACGUAAGCAAAGUCUAUCUAUCUCUGUCUGUCUCUAUCUCUCUGCCACUCUAUCUUUCUCUCCACUCUCUCAUCCUAUCUAUCUCUCCUCCUAUCUAUCUCUCCCCAACGCUCUCUCUCUUUCUCUCUCUCCCUCUCUCUCCGCUUUCUCCCAUUCUCUCUCUCUCUCUUUAUCUCUCUCUUUCUGUCCCCUCUCUAUUUUUCUCUAUCUCUCUCCAAUCUCUCUCUCUAUCUAUCUAUCUAUCUAUCUAUCUAUCUUUUCUCUCUCUUUCUCGCCCCUAUAUCUCACUCUUUCUCUCUAUAUCUCUCCACUCUCUCUUCAUCCCUCUCACUCUCUCCCAAACUCUCUCUUUUUCUCUCUUUCGUUACUCUCACUCUCCCACACUUUUUCUUUCUCUCUACUAUUUCUUCCACUCUCCCUCUCUCUCUCUCUCACACACAGACAUACACGCAUCUCAAAUUUUGGCGACACUCAGUGAAAAUGUGUAUCUAUCUAUGUUCAUAUAUAUCUAUCUCAGUCUCUAUGAUAUCCUGUCAUCUAUUUAUCUCGAUCUGUUCAUAUCUAUCUAUCUAUCUAUCUAUCUAUCUAUCUAUCUAUCUCAGUCUGUUCCUAUCUAUCUAUCUCUAUUCAUAUCUGUCUAUCUAUCUCUAUUCAUAUCUGUCUAUCUAUCUCUAUUCAUAUCUAUCUUAGUCUGUUUAUAUCUAUCUAUCUAUCUAUCUAUCUAUCUAUCUAUCUAUCUAUCUCUAUUCAUAACUAUCUAUCUAUUUUUCUUUUCUUUUUUAUUAUUCUAA